UUAUAGUUCUUUCCAUUUCAGGAAAUUCUUAAAACAAUAACGGAGACGACGGCGCGACAAACGGAAAUGAUAAAGUGUGCGGCAUGCGCACACCCAAUCCUUGACCGUUACAUGCUACAAGCAGAUGGUCGCCUAUGGCAUGAGGAUUGCUUAAAGUGUGCCUUAUGCCAUUGUCGAUUGGGUGAGAUGGGCUCGAAAUUGUACAUCAAACAAGACCUAAUGAUGUGUGAAAAUGAUUACCGCCGCCUAUAUGGAUAUCGUGGAAUGUGUACCGGAUGUCGACAAGUCAUCCCUCCCUAUGAUAUGGUUAUGCGCGCCAAGAACAAUCUGUACCAUCUGAAAUGUUUUCGCUGCAGCGUUUGCUCAGAAAGUUUCGUCGUUGGAGAGCGAUUUCGACUUCAUGAAAAUCAGAUUCUAUGUGAAAGUGACUGGCGAGAGUUGAAGUUAUUCUCGCAAGCAGCUUACAACGAUCGCAGCCUCAAUCAAAUUGCUCGCAAUUUACGUGAAAUGCCUGAUUUUCAACCGACUGACGAGGAGGAAACGAACUGUUCGAAUCGAGAAUGCUAGGUGACCCGAAAAUGAUGAGCUUCUAUACUUGUCACCUAAUCGCCAGGGAAUUUCAACCAACUGUGAUCUCUAUCGCUUCUUUAAAGACAUUGCUUAUUUUCAGCUAUUUGGAAGAUAUGCUUAGGAAAUAGAAGGAUACGAAAUUGUUUUUGACACUUGAAAGGUCUCGCCCAUUUAUAACGUAAACCGCAUGAAAGACUUUCUGGGAUUUUACAAACUUCCAAAUGGCUGAGCUUUCUAUGCUGUAACUUUUGUUCUUCAAUGACAUAUAAGUCUAACAAUCAACAACAUUUUUAGCAGAAUGUUUCCAUGAUUGUUUCUUGCACACUUUCUUAUUUUACCAGUUCUGUGUGAUUAGAGUUUAUUGGUAUUAUCCUGCAUGCAUGACAUACACUAUGGAGCUUUCCAGUGUCAAUGGAGAUUAUCCCUUGUGACUGUUUCUUAAGAUAAUUCUGGUGGUUCACGUG